CUGCCGCCUGCUCUGCUGUGCUGCUGCGGUCUCUGUUAUCCAACUCUGCAUGCUGCAACUCCUUUUUUAAGGCACUCUCAUCUACAAGGAGUUCGCAGAAGGCCGCCCGUGGCAACUCGUCGUAUGAUAUAGACACAUAAAAUUACAUUAGGCAUAUACGUAAAGCAGAUAGAGAGAGGGGACACGUACAAUCCAUUCGCUCAGCUGUCCUACUUUUUGCCGAGAGGGUCUCACGCGUGUGGAUAUAUAAUAUAUUUAACAGCUUUAACGAAGAUUCCUCUAACAAUCAAAGUAUAAUAACCGAGUAUAUAAGUAUAUCAAAGUGAGUAGAUAAGUCGACCAACAGCCUGUAGCAGCAAUUAAUCUACUUCGCUCUCUCAAUUCCUGCGAAAUGUACGGUAACUCGUGCCACGCCAAUCAGAGCUCGCCUAGAAUAAACAGAGAAUUUAACAAUCGUAAAGGUGGUAACAACACCUACUGGAAUAGUCACCAACAGCAGCAGCAGCAGCAUCAACAACAACAACAACAACAACAAAUGAUGUUGCAUCAAUCUCAAAUUGACUUCAAAGGAAAUAAAAAGCUAAAUCAGAAAAAAUCUCCAGGAGAUCUUUUAAAAAAACCAAACUGGGACAUCAUGAAACUACCGAUCAUUACAAAAAAUCUUUAUGUACCCCACAUGAACAUAUUAAGUCGCACCACUGAUGAAGUUGGCAAGUAUUACCUGGGAAAAGAAAUAACGGUCAAGGGAAACAAUACGCCUUUUCCUAUUCAAGCCUUUGAGGAAAGCAACUUUCCAAAUUAUGUCAUGGAAGAAAUAAGAAAACAAGGCUUUGCAGAACCCACAGCAAUUCAGGCUCAGGGCUGGCCAAUCGCUCUUAGUGGUCGUGACAUGGUCGGCAUUGCUCAAACAGGAUCUGGAAAAACAUUAGCAUACAUGCUCCCAGCUACUGUUCACAUCAAUAAUCAACCGCGACUGGGCCGUGGCGAUGGACCUAUUGUUCUCGUUCUUGCACCAACUCGUGAAUUGGCUCAACAAAUUCAAAGCGUGGCCAGAGACUUUGGCUCGUCGUCCUGCAUCCGUAACACGUGCAUAUUUGGUGGAUCUCCUAAAGGCCCGCAAGCACGGGACUUGGAACGUGGUGUGGAAAUCGUCAUUGCUACACCAGGCAGGCUUAUCGAUUUCCUCGAACGGGGUACCACCAACUUACGUCGCUGCACUUACCUAGUCCUCGAUGAAGCUGAUAGAAUGUUGGAUAUGGGCUUUGAGCCUCAAAUUCGUAAAAUCAUUGAACAAAUCCGACCAGACAGGCAGGUUCUCAUGUGGUCAGCCACUUGGCCAAAAGAAGUUCAAGCUUUGGCUGAAGACUUUCUUACAGAUUACAUUCAGAUAAAUAUCGGUUCGUUGACGCUUGCUGCCAAUCACAAUAUUCGUCAGAUUAUCGAGAUUUGCCAAGAGCACGAAAAAGAAUCAAAGUUGACAAAUCUUUUAAGAGAAAUUACCUGCGAACAUGGAAACAAGACCAUAAUAUUUGUCGAAACCAAGAAGAAGGUUGAUGACAUUACCAAGGUGAUUAAGCGCAACGGCUGGCAUGCCAUAGCCAUUCAUGGUGACAAAUCCCAACCCGAGCGUGACUACGUUCUUGCUGAGUUCCGAAGUGGAAAGUCAAUGAUUUUGGUAGCCACCGACGUGGCUGCUCGAGGCCUUGAUGUCGAAGACGUCAAAUAUGUAGUUAACUUUGACUACCCUAACAGUAGUGAAGACUACAUUCACAGGAUAGGUAGAACAGGCCGCUGCCAAAGUGCGGGUACUGCUUAUGCUUACUUUACGCCGAAUAAUGCGCGUCAAGCCAAAGAACUCGUCGCUGUUCUCGAAGAGGCUGGCCAGUCCAUUAACCCACAACUUGUUGAUAUGGCUAAUUCUCAAAGAAAUCAGUAUGGCAAAGCUCGCCAGCGUUGGAACGUACGUCCGGGUCCUCCUGUUGCCAAGGAAAGCCACCAUCAAAUGGGAAGUCCACGCAACAAUCGCAUUAGCCCGAACCAAAAUAACUGGCAGAAUAAUUUUAAUGGACAGUGCCAGAAACUAACCCAAUCUACGUUCAACCGUUCCAUGUCACGACAGCAAAUGGGCUAUCAAAAUAACCGUCCCAAUGGAUAUCAAGGCAACUAUCAGCAGCAACAGUCUUCACCUCCUAAUGGUCUUCAAACGCAAUCUCAACAGCAGCAGCAGCAGCAAAUCAUGCAUCGCCAUCCUCAGUCUCAACAACCGAUGCAGCAGCUUCACAGGCAGAACAAUUACCAAACGACUGGUGCUAACAGCUAUCAGCCAAAUACAAGUCCAAGCCCUAAUUCUUAUGGACAGGGUAGUAUGAACCAGCCACAGCAGCGCUACCAGAAUUAUAGUGGAAAUGGUUACCAAUCCAACAACAGUCGAUACAACAAUCGACAGAAUAAUUAUGCUAAUGGUCAGCAGAGCAGGCAGCAACAACAACAGCAGCAGCAGCAGCAGCAGCAGCAGCAGCAGCAACAGCAGCAGCAGCAGCAGCAGCAAAAUAUGUAUUCAAUACCCCAGGCAUUUGUUAUGCCUUCGGCCGCCCAUGCUGCCGAUACCAGCAUUCAAAAUUUGGUAAACAACAAAUUCUUCCAAACUAAUCGGCAGCCACCAGCCACCGCCAAUCCGUGUGCUUAUCAAUCUGCAAUGGGUUACAAUCAGUUCCAAGCUGUUUCGCCUUAUGGCUAUCCCUAUCCACCUACUCCAGUGCAGCAGUGAUGCCUUGCUUAAAAUUGAGCAGAGCAGUUAUAUUACUCUAUUCUUUUUUUUCUUAUCAAUAUGAAAGGUGGGUUUGUCAUAUUAUCUAGAAAAAUACUAAACACAAUUAAGAUCGUGAGCCCAUUUUUCGAAUUCAAUUUAACUAUCAGUGUAACUGAGUAUAAAAUGGCUUAUAAAAUUUCAAUUACUAUAUUCCCUGCCAAUAUUGUUGAAUGUAAGAUAUUCUAUAGUAAUUUUCUCUGCAACGUUUUCUUUCAGAUCCUUGAAUAGAAUUGUGUCUGUCAAAGAAUCGUUAUCUAAAUCUUUACGAUGUGUUCUUUUUAGUACAUUUUCAACAUCUUUAAUAGAGUUGGUAAUUCAUGUUUUAUAGAGCCUCAUUUUUUUGGCUUUAUCUUGUAUUUAAACAAUUAUGUUUAUUGUUGCCGAAUACUAAAUGCACUGGGUAAUUAACAUUAGUAAUUCAGUUUGAAAUCUUUUACCAUUAACGAGUUUUUCUGAUCAUUCUUACUCAUUGAAAAGUGUGCAACUCUCAUAAAUAUCGCAUGUAUCGCUAGUAAAAAAAAAAAAAAAAAAAAAAAACAACAUUUUGAGUACAUACGUAUUCUUAGAGUUUAGCUCAUAUUACCUGCUAACUUGGCACUGUGCAUAGUAUCUUUGAUCUCUCGAUCUUUCACUAAAUAAUAGCAUUAUGAAAUUGGUUCUAUUUUCCUAUAAUAGGUACAUGCAGCAUUGAAAAAACUCGUUUAGCAAAAUUAUCCAUUGCUUUCAUUUUUGUAUUAUUAUUUGUUUCACUCAUUUUCACCUACAAAAAUUUUCUGAAUCACGCUUUCUAACAGACGUAAUUGAAAAUAUUCUUAAAUCAACGUAUGAUAAUAAAAGUUUAUAAAACUGUAAGAAUGGUAAAAUUUAAGGUAAGGCGAUCAAUUUUCCUAAAGUGCACAAUUUUAUUUUAUCUUAAUAAUUAUUCUCCAGUCAAGUUUUAAUGUAGGGGCUUAGAUAACUAACGUUGGUAUAAUAAAUAUCCUUAUAUGUUACUGUAUUAAUAUUAAAUAUGGGUCAUAAUCGCAAGUGAGUAAUUAUUAUUAAAAGUAUUCUCGUCUUCAUGAGAAAUGCUAAUGUAAUUCUCUUGCAAACAAAAAAUAUGUAUACUAACUGUAUGCUUUUCUGAAAUGCACGAAACAUAUAGAAGGGGAACGUGGAUUAUAGUAGUACUUUUUAAUUUAUCUGUAAUCUGUCGAAUGUAUGUCUAAGACGUGAAUAGGCGAUGCUCUUUAUUUUUUAUUGAGAUAAAUCAAAUUUUCAUUAUUUAUCAAAAUCUCAAUUUUGAAAAAAAAAUUUCUUAAUAACAUACUAAUAGCAUGAUGACUAUAACAGCUUUAUAAAUGAAUAUUUGAGCUACUUCAUUUCUACUUUAAAUCCAUUUAAAAAAUCGUAAAGGGCGUCGAUUCUUUCAAGGUACAAAUAAUUAUAGAAAAUGUGUUUUUCUUUAGAUAAUUGGAAUGCCGAGUUAUGUGCUGUAACAUUUUAUUUGUUACGUUUUCAAACAAUACAGUAUUUAAUGAAGAUGUGAAAGAUAAAAUAACGUAUAUUACAAGAAUUCAAAAUUUUUUUUUUUCAUUUUUAUUAUUAAUUUAUGUACAAAAUCGAUUAUCGUUGCGUUAAUUACCAAUCAUUUUUUAAACAUAUACUGGUAAGAUAACUAAAAUAUUACAGCACGUACGAUAAGAAGUAAUGCUAUUAAUAAAAGAUUUAGCUUAUCAAGCGAGAUCAUGAAUAAAAUUUAAAUUUAAAGUGCUGAGUAGUAUGCAAUAGCAGAAAGACGACGAAAACGCUGUAUAAUAAAAUUGCGAAAAGGGCUUUUUAACAAAUCAUUACCAAUGCUGGAAGAGUUUUUAGUGGGAAAAAUAAGGGAAAACUCGACUUCUGCUGGAUAUAUCAAAACGAUUUGAAUAAGCAGACGUAUGUUCCGAGCAAAUUAUCGUGAAUGUUUCUUGCGCGACUAUCGAUUUAAGUUUUAAUGAGCGUAUUAAAUUAUAACGGAAUCGUUAUUUUAUGGUGCAAAGGUUUCGAUCUAAAAUGCAAGAAGAAUAAGAUAGAAUUAAAAUACAAAAAACGCGUUUCAUAGUUUUUUUGUGGCUGUGCGUUAACUGAAGCAAAGCUCUCAGUAAUUUAUUUUUAUGAUAUAGCGCUCUUGUUGAUCCGACACGAAGUAUUAAUUUUUUUUUUAACCCUGAACAAUUAUCAUAAAUCUUUUUUUUUUUUUUUUUUUUUCUCUCGAAAUUAAAAAUUAAAAUUUAUUGAGUGCAAGCAUUCACCAUUGCCCGACAAUAUACUUACUAUUAUCAAUUAACGUUGCUUUGCAAUUAAUAAUUUCCAAUAUCCCGGAGAACUAUUGGAGGUAAGAUACUUCACUAUGUUGAAAUGUUUAGUAAAUUAAAUUUUCUAUUAUGUAAAUAACUGAACAAUAUUUAUUAUAAAUUACUAUGGGUUGAAAUUUCUAAGAGAAAAUUUGAAACCUCAACAGCUUAUGCUAUGGACAGUCUCACAUUACUUCGUUUUUGUCGUUGAUCGUUACAUGCCAACGAUUACUACAGAUCAAGUCGUUGUCAUGUUUAUUACAUUUUAUAUAAAUCCAUGGUGAUUGUUCUCUAUGCGUAAGUGAACACCAUUGAUGCAAACAAUUAUACUUAAAAUUAAGUAUAAAUUAUCACGAAAGCUCUCAUUUUUAAGAAUUUUUUUUUUUUUUAUUAUUAUUAUUACUUGUUCAUAUACCAGUGCGCAGUAGAAUCGGGGAAAUUAAAGAGAGCCUUGUUUCUCAUACGCGUGAGUUACAUAUUAUGCGUCUGUUCGUAUAAAAAAAAAGUUUCUACAUUAUGAUAACGUACUGAAACACAACGUUCUGUCUUUCUUUUUCGCAAGCUCGAAACGCACAGAUAUUUAAUAUUUAGAUGCACUCGCGCAAAAAUAAGAUCCUCGACGGAAUGUAUACUUUAGCGAGAUGAA